AUGUACAGCCUGAGAAUAGCCACCAUGAGAUUGGCCAGCCAGGCCAGCUCCAGUGCGGGUUCCUUGGGCAAGCGCUACUUCACCCGCAGCUUGUGGCACAUGACCAAAAAGCCGGUGGCCGCUGGAGGAUCCGAUCAUGUAACCGUUCUGAACCUCCAGAAGCCCAGCAUAAAUUGCACGUGCGGCUGCAAUGUGCACACCAAAUGCGAGCGAGAGCUGGUGGAGUUCCUUACCGACGAGAUCGUGGCCGAGCGCAAGGUACAGAAGGGCAAGUCGAUUCCCAGCACACUCGAUGUGAAGCUGACCGGCGCCGAUGUGGAGCUUACCAAGCAGACAGACAAGAAGGAGGUGGUAGUCAGCUUUAAUGUGAACCACUCCGUGGAGUGCCCCGAGCCCGAAAUCAAUCCGAAUGCCGACAAGCCGGAACUGGGCGAGAUGAGGAGCAAGCCCCAGUUCGAAGUCGACAUCAUCAAGGGAAACUCGACGCUUUCCUUCACCUGCUCCUUCCUGCGAGGCGAAGCUCAAGAGGGCGAGUAUAAUGACGUAUUUUCUAUUGAUGAGAUGGCAAUCCUUGAGGGUGAAUGGAACGACAAAGUCUAUGCCGUCGCCGGCGACGAGCUCGAUGGCUACUUGUACGACUUGCUGAUCAAUCUGCUGGUGGAGAAGGGCAAUAGCCACUUAAAAACGGGUUUGAUAAGUUGUGAUUUUGGUUAG